GAUGCCGCCAGGUAGAAAAUUGUUAAAACUGACUCUAAUUUCUUUUCGGAUUUAUUUAAUAAAUCGACUUAAAAGAACAUUACUAUAUAUGUUUUUGUAAUAUUUGAGAGUUGUUUUACACAUUUCGAGUGUUGACAAAUCAGUGCUAAAUAUGGAUGACACGAAAUCUCCUACUUCAUCGAUGGAGUCGACCGGGGAUACAAGUCGGCUCUUGAAAGAGCUGAUAGAUCUCCAGAAAUCAAGUGCUUCAUCUAUGGCCAGUAUAGACAGAUCCAUAAAUGUACAAGAAAGCCAUGAAGUACUGCAGACCAUUUCUGGAAUGGCGCAAACAUCGGGUGAUGGGACAGACCCCACCCUCACAGAGCUCAUGAAGACCAUGUAUGAUGGAAACUCGGCCAGGCAACUCAUCACUCUCCAAGGCACAGACACAGCGAACAGUUUCAGUGUGUUUGGGCAGGAAGUGGAUAUCGUCUCCAGCAAGCAGCUCAACAAGUCCCAGUCACUGGCCGGAUCCACUGGAUCUAACAAGGUGAAGAUCACUCCAGUGGUAAACUAUGAUUGGGAGAACAGGCGCUAUGUUGGGAACCUUGUCGCAGUUCACAGGGGCAAUAUCUUUGUUGCUUAUGUGUUGAAAGGCAAGACAGGAGGCGUUGUCAGGAUCACCAACAGGAAGACCGCUGAACGCCACCUUCUCAAGGACUUUGUGGGCCGAGUGAUAGACCUUGCUUUUGCCCACACAGACGAUGUCAUGUUGGCCGUGGUGGAUGAAAUAGGCAACCUGUGUGUGUACGAGAUACACCAGGCUGAUGACAGGAAAAUAUCUUCAACUCGAAUGCUGCAUGUGCAGCGUCCCCAGACGUCGUUAGUAAGUGAGUACCAUCGCGUGAUCUGGUGUCCGUACAUCCCCGAUGAGGUGGAUGAAACUGCCACAUCUGACUGCAGCACGCCAGACUCCGCCAGUCGUAUGCUGGUUCUCACCAAUGACCAGCAGGCUGAGAUCUGGAGUGUGGAUAUGGUCACCCGUGAGUACGGUGAUGGACCGAUGUUCCCACAAGAUGUCGAGAUUGGCCUUAUCACCAUCGACUCACAUUCAAAGCCAAUCACAGAUGCAGCCUUCUCCCCAGAUGGUACAGCACUGGCCACUGCCAGCCUGGAUGGAGAGGUGAUGUUCUUCCAGGUGCACAUGUACUCACAGGACAUGACUUCACCUAGGUGCCUUCACCAGUGGAAGCCCCACAACGGGAAGCCCAUGUCCUGCCUCUUCUUCCUGGACGACCACAAAAACUGCAGCCCAGAUGCACUUUUCUGGAAGUUUGCGGUGACGGGGGCAGACAACAACCAGGAGAUUAAGAUCUGGAGCUGUGACUCCUGGAAUUGUCUACAGACCAUCAGGUUCUUAAGCCCUCCUGGUGUGCCGUCUAACUUCACGUACGAGCCGUGUAUGAAGGCAUCACUAGACAUGAGUGCAAGAUUCCUUAUUCUGUCUGACAUCAGGAAGAAUGUGUUGUAUGUGUUGCAAAUUCACCAUGCCGGUGACCAGUCUAGCGUGCACGUAAGCUCCGUGUCAGAGUUCACCCUUGCCCAACCGUGUCUCUCAUUCGCAAUCCUUGAUGCGGGCACCAAAAGGUUCAAGAUAUCCAAGGGGGAUGACUCUCAUUUGGAUGAGAUCACUACAGGUGACAUAGUGCCAGACGAUGGUGAGGAGGAUGAGAAGAGGUCGGACACGGGGGCAUCCAGUCUCGGGGUGCAGAUAAAGUUGUACACUGUACACCCAAAGGCACUGCAGGAGUUGCUUAUCCGGUUCAAGCCAGAGUCAUCGGCUCCUGUCCCUCCCGCACCAUCAGUGAGCUCCGUAUCCCAAAGUGAAGCUGGUGUGGUGGAUGGACUGUCCGAUAUGAGUAUGAGUGUGGAUGGCAGCGGGGAGCACGACAAGAGCGACUCGUUCUCCACUCCACUUGCCGAGUCCACCCACACUGGUCAGCACAUCCUGUUGACUCCUGAUGCAUUUGUAUCCUCGAGUCCAAGAAAACUGCAGGCAGCUGUCUACACAGAUGAGAGCAUUCUAGAUAAUAGUACCGCGAAGAGCAGCACCAGUAGCUUUACACAAGUGUCUGCCAUGAACGAUGACUUCCUGUCCCCUCGGAGCAGCUCCAACAGCACUAUCACGCAGACACCCACCACCCCCAAAGCAGAGAACCUUUCCCCUGGGUUGGGGUUGGCCAUUGAGGUGACCCCCUCCUCGGUACCCCUACCCCCUAUUACCUCUAUUGAGGAAACAGACUUGGCCACGCCCACUUCCUCUGGGAGUCGGGACCUGAGAGUUGGGGAUGCAACCCCAACCCCUGAGGAGACCCAAGAGGUGGAUAACUUCUUUCAGCAGAGUGGGGAAAGAAAAAGAGAUUUGCAGAUGGUAUCACUGGACAGCACAGAGAGUACGGGGAUGUUUGAGGCAGUGGCUAGUGGUGUGAGCUCGGUGGAGGUGUCACGUGUAAAGAAGUCACAGAGCUCCUAUGAUGAGAAUGACGAAGAGGUAGCGGAUGUUCUCGGGGAUGAUACUAUAGGAGAUUCCACUCCCAUGGGCACACAGCCAUUUGAUGGGUUUCAGGAUGGUAGUCAGCUGGGGGAGAGUGGGGAGUCCAGCAUCCGAGCUUGGCCGAAACCACCCAAGAUGAGCAAGGGCGAGUCAGACCCAGCCCUUCAGGCGGGGCAGGGAGACAGCCACAUUUCCUUGGACGAAGGAGAUGACAAUGAAGCAGAUGAAGAUGAGGAGGAGGAGGAGAAUGAGGACAAUGAUGAAGACGAUGGUGAUGAUGGAGGAGAGGACGAUGCUGAUGUUGUUGUGGAGGAGGAGGAGACAGAGGGAGAGGCACAGGAAGAGGAGGAGGAGAUUGUUGAAGAAAUAGAAGAAGAGCAGGAACCAUCUGAUGAGAGCCUUGACAGCAAGAGAGGUCCCAUGCCUGCACCCGUAGCUGGUGCUGGAUUUAGUCAAUCUCCAAGGGAGCCCCGACCAGUUGAAGUGAGAGAAAUUCAUAAAGAAACCGUCCGAGAAGUCCUGGAUACAAAGGAAAUGAAAAAGCUGCACACAGGCCUCGAGUGUGUGUUACAGGCCAUGGAGAGGCAGCAGCAGCAGCUGGACCUGCUUCGACGGGAUAUCACAGAACAACAAGACAACUUCCUAGAGCUUCAAAGACGUCAACAUGAGCAGGAACAGUUGAGGACAGUACCAGAUGGGAACCAGCCAAGUAUUGAAGAGCACCUUGGGAAACUGGAAAACAUUGUUACCUCCAGAGUGGAGAGGCUCUUUAAUCAGCACUCUCAAAAAGAAGCCCAGAGAGUACAGGACAUACUAAGACAGUCAGACGCACGUGAUGAGCGGAAACAUGAACGUCUGUGCAGCUCAGUCACACAGACCAUAUCAGCUUCUGUCAACACACAACUCGACAAACUGGUCCGCAGUCAACUUGUUCCUAACAUGACAAAAGUGUUAGAGCCAAUUAAAGAACAGAUGCACCACGACAUGGCCCAGAAACUAACUGCUACCGAUUCCCUUCUGAAAGACAACAUUGCCAAGAUGGUCAGGUCCAGGCCCACAGUGGAGGCCAUGGGUGUGGCUGCGGGUAAUGCAAUACAAGCACCGAUCCAGGCUGCAUACAGGGAAGCAUUUCAGAACUUUGUGAUUCCCACUUUCGAGCGAACCACACAGAAUAUGUACCAGCAAGUCUCUGAAACAUUCCAGCGAGGAACAAAGGAGUACACUCGACAGCUGGAGUCUCACCUGGAGGGCGUACGUCAGCGUCACCAGGAGGGGCGUGACCCGGUCGUCAUGGAGAUGAGAAGGCUCUCAGAUAGCUUCCAGGCAUCAGCCGAACAGAUGCAGGCUCAUGUGCUUGCUUCCAUACAGACACAGCUCAGCUCAGAGAUCAGCAAAACAAUGACCAGGUUACAAGAAUCUCUAGGAGAGCAUGUACAUGCAGCAGUACGGGAGGAGGUCGGCAAGGCAAUGAAGGAACAAGGAAGCACAAUCAGUGACAACGUUCUUCUUGCCAUGAGGUCAGGGGCCGUAACUCCGGCGAGAGUCACGCCAGACCCCCAGAUAGAGAAAACUCAUAUUCUUAACUUAUUGAGGCAGGGCCAGUUGAAUGCAGCUUUCCAACAGGCAUUGUCAGCUGCCAAUCUUGAGCUGGUUAUAGCCCUGUGUGAAGCAGUCAACCCAAAUCAGGUGUUCAACCAGUCACCCUGCCCUCUUCAGCAGCCUGUCCUCCUCUCCCUCAUACAACAGCUCUCGGCUGACCUGGAGAACCACACAGAACUCAAACACAAAUACCUAGAGGAGGCGGUCAUGAAUCUUGACAUCCACGACUCCAUCACACAGGAACAUAUGAGGGGGGUGCUGUUAUCGCUCAACCAGAAACUCCGUGUCUACAUCCCAGCCCACCCCAACCUCAAAAUCACAAGAUCACUCCGUAUGCUCCUUAUGGCGUCAGAGUCCCUCAUCAAGUAGACGCGCUGUAACACUUGUUGGAAUCAAGAAAGGGUUCUUGUGUGACAUGUUGGAAUCAAGAAGAGGUUCUUUCGUAGCAUGUUGGAAUCAAGAAGAGGUUCUUUUGUAACAUGUUUGAAUCAAGAAGAGGUUCUGGCAUAACGUGUUGGUUGCUCUGUGCAGCCUUUCGACUUUGUGAUACAUUUCCACUCAUUUUAGUUCUGCAUUUAAGUACCCAUACCCAAGAAGACACUAUAUAUAUAUUUUAGUGAUGGAGAUCUGAUCAAUAGUGUAUUUUGUGCUUAAGUUACCACAAGUUUUAAGGCGUGUUAGAGCUUGAUAAGCUGCAGCUAGAUUUAGGAAGGGUUUUUUACCGUUGACUCAUUGUGAAUAUACAUACAGUAUGCAUAAUACAAGUCGCUGUUGAAAAAUAACAUUCAAAAACACAGUUUAAGCAUUUUAACUGUUUAGUCAACAUUUAGCUGUGAUUUCUUGUAAAUAAUAGUGCCCACAUUUACUAACGUCUUGUGUCUAUGGUUAAGACUUGCCCUCAGCUUAAACAAAUUUCUAAAUAUUAAAAAAAUACCUUCAAUGUAGUUAUUUUUGACAAAGAAUGUUAAUAAAGCAUAUUGCAGUGGUCAUUUAGUACAGAUUUCAUGAAGAGUGUUCUAAAACGGAUAAAAGUGAGCAUAGUUUGAUUAAUUGUAUGUUUGAAUGACCAAUGAGUUUGAUAGUCUUUUUAUGUCAUAAAUAAUAUGUUGAUGUUUUACAGCGCUAAUUACUUUAAACAUAGCGAGCAAAGUUGAAAUCUCUUCAUUUAUGAUGUCGCAUCAAAAGUUAUUACAUUAGCAAUAUAUAAGAAAUAAAUGAUUUCAUGAUUGCAGUAUCAUUUAUUAUACCAAGCAUGUUGUUUAUAACAUGUAUAGCAAUAUUAACCAUUUUUACAUGAUCUAUAAAUAAAUCAUCCAUGAUUGGACGAAAAGUAAUUUUCAUAGAAAAAAUAAAACACAAUAUCGACCUGUCUUUUUAUAGACUGGAAACAGUUUAUCAUAUGAAAUCAUAAUAAUGUUGCAAAAAUCACUUCAAAUCGCAAUAUUGACAUGUCUGUUUAAUGACCACCAACAGUUAAUCAUAUGAUAUCGUAGUAUAUCAAUCAGUAUCGUGUAAUAAAAGAGUUAUUUACUAUUAGCUGUAAAAUACGUAGUUCAUAUCGCAAUAGGUCAAUAUUAAAGGAUUUUUUCUUGACAGCAUAUUUCCAAGUUCAAAAUUAAAUAAUUAACCAUAAGUGUUCCACAAAUAGCAAUCUGACACCUGGACUCAAGAUGCUAGUGAAGAUGUACCCCGGCUGCAGAAAUGCAGUGUUUAUUGUCAAUGGCCUUGUGCAUCGUACACGGGGAGAAACCGUAGUAAAUGAAGAUGUACCUGGUAGUUACUUUCUGUUUUUUAGUUUCCUUCAUGAGAGGCAGUGUUUUAAACGUAUUAUACUGUUUAGUAUUUUGUUAUUGUGCUUAGCCAAAAAGCUAAUUUAUAAUAAAACUGUACAAAACA